AUGCCUCCGAAACCGUCUCUCGUUGCGCGUGCUGGCGGUCCACUGUCUACCACCAUUCCGUCUUGUUGGAAAUCGGGGGUGAUCUUUCCGUGCGCAGUCUCCAAGUCCUUCUUCUCAGGAACCCCUACCCCUGAAGCCUACAAGGCUCCUGAAUCUCUUGAUACGAAGAAAGUGAUAGCAAUUCUUGUACCCUCUGCGCUCCUGUUUGCGGCACUAUUCGUAUUGAGCAUAUUGCUAUGUCGACGUAGAAUGAGGAACCAUGGUUCUGGGGACGACCCACUAGAAGAAGCCGGGGAGAGAACCUUGCACCAUCGGCGGAGGGGCCCAGACGCACCUCCUUUGACCAUCGUAACGCAAAUAUCUUGUGGACCUCAGCAGGCGAAACCAGCGUCCGCUCCUCGCUUCCAAGCAAGACAGCAAUCGCCCAAGACGUACAACAUAGUAGGCAAGGGAACGACAAAGCCUAAUGGACAAGGGUGGUUUAAACUAAAAGCAGGCGGCGAGUCGCGAACUCAAACCCUGCAAAGGUCUGCAUUACCAUGGGAAAAGCCCGAUCUGUCUCACAUGGCGAGAGGACUGAGAAGGCUGGUGAUCAAUCUGGCCGAGCCAGCAAAGCCUUCUCGUAUGUACCUGAAGACGGGAAUGCAUCCGAACUUGGAAUACAACGAAGAGAAUGCGUGGGCUUUCACUCCGACCCCGCCUAAAUCAUCAUCUAUCGAAAUUCCUAUGAAGAUACGAAAGCCAACGACGCCUCCGCUUCCGCUUCGGAAGGCUGUCCAAGUUAGGCGCCACUGCCACCCAGAUACCAAAUAUGGCCGUGAUACUGCGUGGGCAUUUGAGCCGCGGGAAUAG